GCUCGCCACACGCCGCCGCGUGGAUGGGGCACUCCGCCCUGUCAUGGCUUUCAGUCCGUCUGCAUUAAGUAAGGAUAAGAUAUAUAGAAAUGGUAGCAAAGAUCUCUGCCUGCCUUCCUCCGUCGUCUCCCAAACUCGCCAGGUUUUGGAAUCUGGUUGAUUGGCGUAUAAUCAGAGAAUGGAUAGUGAAGCUUCUACUGCUGUUAACGAUUGCGCUGUUCAUGUCGUCAGCACGUCCAGCAAAAGAAAACAUGAUAAAGCCCCUAGAAAAAUCCACGAUGCUGAGAGGGAGCCAAGAGAUAAAGUUCCUAGAAAAAUCCACAAGGCCGAGAGGGAGAAACAGAAGCGUGAUAAUAUGAAUGUGCUAUUCGCAGAGCUAGCCAAAGUUUUGGAUCCAUCUCAUCACAAUUAUGGAAAGGCUUGCAUAUUAAAAGAAACAAUGCGGUUAGUGAGGGAACUAAUUGUGCAGGUUGAUAAUCUCAGAAAGGAGAACGCUUCUCUUAAUUCAGAAUCUCAUUACAUGACUGUUGAGAAGGAUGAGCUUAAAGAAGAAAAAAGUGCGCUGGAAGCCCAGAUUGAGAACCUGCAGACUGAAAUAAACAAAAAAAUUCGUUCCCAAACUACCAACAUUGAUAACGUUACUUCUCCGCCACAGCUGACAGAGGACCAUCUUAGAACGAGUAUACAUGAUUAUGCAUCAUCCUCGGCUGCAGCUACGGGGCCCGUUUUGGUUGUGCCUUUACACAAUGACCUUCAAAUGUACAGCACGGCUGACAAUGCAGAGGCUGUGCAGAAUCUCCCGCCCAGUGUGAGUAGACCUCGCCCACGAUACCCAUCACCCUCGGAUUCAUGGCCAUCUCGUGUGCUCAACGUGACAUCAAACACAACAGAGGAUUCUUAGCUUCUUAGGUAAUUAAGUAUUAGAACCACACUGUUGAAUGAGCUAUUACCAUAAUCACAGUGAUUGAUUGUUCGUCUCAGGAAUCUCUAAUCGCUCAACUGAUUAUUGUAAAUGUGGUUAUCGUUCUUGAUUUCUUUCGGUUUUAAUUGGGUUGAUUCUUUAUUGGUUGUGCGGUUAUGUUUCCCACUGGGGUAAGAUAUGCUUACUUCACAUUGCUGGACUGAUCGGUUUUAGGACAAGUUCACUCUGGUGCACGUUUUCACAUUUCUUGUGUACUCAUCCAAUUCCCCUUUUAGGUGAGGAAAAUGUUAUUAUCAUGGUUACCUGAUUACAUGCUUAAUUUCUAGGAAAAUGUAAGUCAAAAAAUUUGUGAAAGAUUGUAAGUUUGUACUGAGCAAAAUGCAAACAUUUAGGACA